UAGUCUUUUGUCCCUCCACUUGUUAACACAAUGCACAAAAUGGCUCAUGUUCAUCCACAAGGUCUCCUCAUGUUAGUUCUGUUUGUGGUCAUAUCAGAGUGCAGCGUUGUUUCACCAGUGUCUGAGACUGUGGCUGCCACUCAACAAGAAGAUGUAGCUCUGCCCUGUUUUAUUUCUAACCUGACGGAUCCAAAGAGCUGCUACAGAAUCAAAUGGAUGAAGAACACCUCAGGUGCCAAUCAGAAAGUUAUUCUUGCCAGGCCUAAAACAACAAACAUCCGGGAUGCUGAGCGAGUAAAAUGGGAAACUAAUGGACGAGGAGAAACGUCUCUUAUUCUGACCAAACUACAAAAGUCUGAUGAGGGAGUGUACACCUGUGAAAUAUGCAAAGGCUGGGCCUGUUCAAUUGUCAAAAACAUAACUCUAAUAGUAAAACAAUGCAAGUCCCUGACGGCCAUGAAGGAACCACCUGGUAAAUCAGUAAACCUGAACUGCCAUGUGAACAUGACAUCAGGGCAACAAGGACCCCUAAAAAUCUUCUGGCAAAUGCUGAAAGGAGACAACCCUGUUAACAUUACAUCUAAAGCAGUUGGAAUGAAUGGCAGAUCACUAACUAUCCAGUCUGUGAAUUCCAGUGACAGUGGCUGGUACAGAUGUAAAUACAUGCUUGGACAAACUCAGCGCUGCUUUGAAAUAAAACUUCAAGUGGAAAAUGUAGUUGUGACCUCAACAUCUCCAGCAACGAUAACCAGUGGGGUUCAUCUGGAAACCAGGAAUGAGGGGAACAGUGGAGUAUUUAUCGCAGUUAUCGUGUCUUCAGUCAUUAUAGGGAUUGCCAUAAUAUUUGCUCUGAUACUACUGGCCAUCUACUGCAGACGUAAAACCCAGAGAGCUGCACAGCAGACACAGAGACACCUCACAGGUUUGAGCAGUCCAGAAGUCAUGUCUUUUUUCACACGGAUACAGUUUAGUAACAUGUUUAUUUUUGUCUUUUAUUUCUUAUCAGCUGCUGAGUCUAACCAUUUGUACGAGUUUGUGACUCUUACACUUUCUGAGGAUCCUCUACACCAGCGAGUUAACAGCUUUUACCAAAGCGAGGAAGAUGGCUUGCAUAGUUUCUGUUAUUAGUGCUGUUGUGCUGAAGACAGAUACAAUUCUCCAGCUGUCUGUUUCCAGAAACAAAAUGCAAAUUUACCUAAACCUGAUUAUUUGGAAAAAACUUCUUCAAAGAUCUAUAUUGAGAAAAAUGGACCUCUCUGUGUUCAUCCUCUGUUGAAAAUACCCCUCAUCUCCACGCUGUCUGUAUCAAUCUAUCCAAUAAUGUUUUUAAAGAUGAAAUGACACGUUUGCAAUUAUAAUCUUACAAUAAUAUAUUUAAUUCAGUUUAAACCAUAUCGUUGAGAAUGAUAAAUGAUUGUGAUUAAGGAUACAUAAGCACUAGUCUGCUUUUUCUGUAUGCUACAAGUAAAUCUUUCCAUAAAAACAGAUCAUAUCGAUGUAAAAUCAAUCACUUUUGUUAGUUAACAGCCUGCAAUAAAUCAUAGAAACUGUCA